GGAGUCUCAGAGCGGCGUGUCUAUAAAUGGUGCUCAGCGGAUCCUCGUCUCUGUUGGUCUGAAGCUGCUGAGAUGUAGAGCUGUCAGACCCCUCCCGCCCCAGGACCGGUGUAGGACCGACUAUGUCAUGAAAAAUAUUCGUCCGUAACUUAAAUGGUUCAAACUCGCGUCUGCUCCGAGGCUCGCCGUCUGCGUAAAACUUGGAUGUUACGCACGCCGAGCCGGUUGGUGAGUUUCCAAACUUCACGUGUGAACGGCGCGUUUGUGACGCGGCUCCAGUGAGUUCAUCAGAGGUGACCCCCCCGUGAGCGCGCACACGCUCCGGCUCGGCGCGCACAGGUCCGCGCUCGCGCUCGUCCACUGCGAUGCAGUGAAGUUCCGCUGACAUGUCCUGCAGCCGCAGAGAUGAAACACGCUCCUCUGGACCUGACUGCGGACCGAACCGGCUCCCCGCUUCCCCCCGAUGAGGCUGGACGCGUCCGCGGACCCAGAGAUGGAGAGUAACCCCCGGUUCUUCACGGGGGCGCACGUGUUGUGGGCGCUGCUGCUGACCCCGGCAGUCCUGUGCCACGAUAAGACCCACUCCCACGCCGAGGACCAGCUCUUCAAGACUCUGUUCACCGGCUACAACAAGUGGUCCAGACCCGUCCCCAACAUCUCGGACGUGGUCAUCGUCAAGUUCGGCCUCUCCAUCGCGCAGCUCAUCGAUGUGGACGAGAAGAACCAAAUGAUGACCACAAACGUUUGGCUGAAACAGGAGUGGAACGACUACAAACUCCGCUGGAAACCGUCCGACUACGACAACGUGACGUCCAUCCGGGUCCCGUCAGAACUCAUCUGGGUUCCAGACAUCGUCCUCUACAACAACGCUGACGGGGAGUUCGCCGUGACCCACAUGACCAAAGCUCACCUGUUCCACACGGGGAAAGUGCGCUGGGUUCCUCCUGCCAUCUACAAGAGCUCGUGCAGCAUCGACGUGACCUUCUUCCCCUUCGACCAGCAGAACUGUAAGAUGAAGUUCGGCUCUUGGACCUACGACAAAGCCAAGAUCGACCUGGAGCGGAUCGAGAACACGGUGGACCUCAACAACUACUGGGAGAGCGGCGAGUGGGCCAUCAUCAACGCCGUGGGGACCUACAACACCAAGAAGUACGACUGCUGCCACGAGAUCUACCCGGACAUCACCUACUUCUUCAUCAUCCGGAGGCUUCCUCUGUUCUACACCAUCAACCUGAUCAUCCCCUGCCUGCUGAUCUCCUGCCUGACGGUUCUGGUCUUCUACCUGCCGUCGGACUGCGGCGAGAAGAUCACGCUGUGCAUCUCUGUGCUGCUGUCGCUGACCGUCUUCCUGCUGCUCAUCACCGAGAUCAUACCGUCCACCUCGCUGGUCAUUCCUCUCAUCGGCGAGUACCUCCUCUUCACCAUGAUCUUCGUCACACUGUCCAUCGUCAUCACCGUCUUCGUGCUGAACGUGCACCACCGCUCCCCCAGCACGCACAAGAUGCCGCGCUGGGUCCACGCCGUCUUCCUGGACCUGAUCCCGCGCUGGCUGUUCAUGCGCCGGCCCGCCCCCAACGGCAGGCGCCGCCGGCUGCUGCUGCUCCAGCAGGAGGGGGCGCUGGAGCGCCAGCGGCUGCGAGGCUCCGCCCUCGGCAUCAGCACCUCCUCCUCCUGGCUGAGGGAGGGGGCCGUGCUGGUGGAGAGGAGCUGCUACGAGGAUCUGGAACUGGGGACUCUCCAGUCCUACUUUUCCUUCCGCCCCCCAGGACUGACCCCCCCGCAGCAGCUGAAGAACCCCCAGAACAGCCAGAGCUGGCACGAGGGGGGUGGGGGCCCCAACAGGCAGACAGGCGGAGCCAGAGGGGAGUCGCCCAAAGUGAAGGGGGUGGAGUCAGAGGCUCUUCUGUCUCCCAGCGUCAUGCGGGCGUUGGAGGGGGUGCACUACAUCGCCGACCACCUGAGGGCCGAGGACGCCGACUUCAGCGUGAAAGAGGACUGGAAGUACGUCGCCAUGGUGAUCGACCGCAUCUUCCUGUGGAUGUUCAUCAUCGUGUGUCUGCUCGGGACCAUCGGCCUCUUCCUGCCGCCGUGGAUCGCUGGGAUGAUCUAAAGUUUUGGGAAACCCUUGAAUGAAAACUAAUAUUGAUAGAAAGAAUACAACAUCCUGACAUAUUGAUUGAAGUUUAUGAAAAGUGUUUUUUUCCCUGCAGUUUUACAAAAAUCUUAUGAGUUGCUUUCAUCUCAGGUGCUGCUUCUCAUCAAAAUAAACAUUUGAGGAUUAGAUCUGGAACUUCAUUCAGGAUUUUUUCUGCCUUUUACUCCAUUUUUAGUGCUUUAUGUCUAAAACUUGACAGAAUCACGUUUUUUUUCCCAAUUGUAUUAUGAUUUCCUCAAAUGUACGCGGAGACAUUUGGCUUCAGACGAAUAUGAAUUUAUGGACAAAACAUGUUCAGUAAAACUGUAACUUUAUUGGUGAGAGUUACAGAUACAGUAACGCAAAGAUUUGUAGUUUUUAACCACGUAAAAAAAACAUUUUUCAAAAAUUCACAAGUUUAUCUUAAUUCCUUAAUUUCCUCCAUCAGAAACACUCAAAGGAAAUAAUUAUACUGAUGAUUAUUUUUGUGCAGGUAGAAAGGAUUAAGAAUAAAAUAAACUGUAUUGAAUAUU